CUGCCGUCGUCACCGAACGUCGAACGAGGAUGUCGGGCGGGUCGUGGUCGAGAGUGACGGCGAGCAUACGCGUGUCUCGAAAAUAUCCACGGCUGUCGCGUCGAGAGCACACCGUCAGUGCGUUCGCGCAGCCCCCUCAGUCGUCGCGCACCACCUGUCCGGUCCAGCCUGACGUCGUAUCCUCGUCGCCGUCUGCAACAGCGACCAUCGAUCCUCAUGCCUUGUUCUCGGCAGAGGUCGCACAAAUACGGUCCCAGCUGUGCAACCUCUUGACCUCGUCCCACCCCUCGCUCACUGAAAUCGCGUCGUACUAUUUUAGACAUCCCUCCAAGCAAAUAAGACCGUUGCUCGUCCUCCUGUUCUCCAGAGCAACGAAUGGCUUGGGUUCUCAUUUCCCAGUCAAAGCAUGGGCUGCAGAACACUCUAGACUUAGAGAAGAGGAGCUAGACGCGCCCCUUACAAGACCAGACGUCCUCUGUGACUUUAACCCCUCUAUGCCAGACCACACCGCGUCGUUCAGUACCCCUUUCGACCUUUGUUCACCCUCGAGACGAACGUAUCCAAGCCCACCGUCCACCCUCUAUCCCUCCACAUCCUCACCACAUGUACCCGUGCUAUCCCACUCCAUCCUACCCACUCAAAUGCGUCUAGCCCAGAUCGUAGAGAUGAUCCACGUCGCCUCUCUUUUACACGACGACGUCAUUGACAAAUCACCUCUUCGACGUGGUGCACCCUCUGGUCCAGCAGUCUUCGGCAAUAAGCUCGCCGUACUCGGAGGUGAUUUCCUCCUCGGCCGUGCUUCUGCCGCCAUCAGCCGCCUUGGCUCAGCAGAGGUAGUGGAGCUUUGCGCCGGAGUCAUCGCCAACCUCGUCGAGGGUGAGAUCUUGCAAAUGAGCCCGUCCGACUUGCCUGAAGGCACUUGCCAUCCGCUGACGUCGUUGAGCGCGUCUCCGGUGAACGGUGCAGCUGCCGAGAUCAACCUUGAUGCUCUGCACGCGUCGCCAUCGACUCCCCCACCAUCCGUGUUGUCGGAGCGGUGGAGCACAUACCUCAGGAAAACUUACUUGAAGACUGCAGCCCUGAUGGCCAAGGGAAUUCGUUCCGCUGUCGUACUUGGCGGAUGUAGAGACGGUGAAGUCUGGAAGGAGGUGGCUUAUGCUUAUGGGCGCAACCUUGGGCUUGCUUUCCAGCUCGUAGACGACGUCCUCGACUUCUCGUCUAGUGGGUCACUUGGUAAGCCUGGGUCUGGCGCAGAUCUCCGUCUUGGCCUCGCCACGGGACCAGUGCUCUACGCGGCGGAAGAGUACCCUGAGCUAGAACCAAUGAUUGCUAGAGCUUUCAACGAAGAAGGUGACGUCGAAAGGGCACUGACUCUGGUACUUGCCUCGUCAGGCGUAGAGCGUACGCGUGAACUUGCAAUGGCGCAUGCUGACAAAGCUCGCGAAGUCUUGCAACUCCUGCCUCCAAGUGACGCACGAGAAGGUCUUGUGGCACUGACGGAACGCGUCGUGAAGCGUGUGCGGUAGUUACGCUGCUGAAAUGUGUUACUCGUCACAGGGACUUGGAUAACUACCGCACCACUCAAUAUACUACCCACUUAUAGAUGCACACAUACAAUAUUAUUACUUGGCAUUAAGGGCAAUUUCACCUUAACACGCCCG